AUGUUCGAGGCUGUGUCACUGUGUGCUGUGCUCGGCGGAGGGACCAAGCUGACCGUCCUGGGUCAGCCCAAGUCCGCGCCCUCAGUCACUCUGUUCGCGCCCUCCACUGAGGAGCUCAGCGCCGACAAGGCCACCCUGGUGUGUCUCAUCAAUGACUUCUACCUGGGCAGCGUGAAGGUGGCCUGGAAGGCAAGCAGCACCGCCAUCACCAAGGGCGUGGAGACCACGCAGCCCUCGAAACAGAGCAAUGGCAAGUAUGCGGCCAGCAGCUACCUGGCCAUGACGGGCACCGAGUGGAAAUCUUACGAGAGUGUCAGCUGUCUGGUCACGCACGAGGGGAGCACCAAGGAGAAGACAGUGUCGCCCACCGAGUGCCCUUAGGUCCUGGUCCCCCGACCCUCAGGGGACUGGAGCCACAGGACCCCUGGAGGGUCUACCCACCCACCCUGGUCCCCCCAGCCCUUCCUCCUGCACCCAAUCAACUCUCAAUAAAAUGUCCUCAUUGUCAUU